GGAGGGGGGUGCCGCUAGCUGCAGUGCAGGGGCGGACGCGGCCACCUCGGGCGGCGGGGGAGGCGGGGCGGCCCCAGAUAAAUGGCUCAUUUAAAUUGGGAGCUACUAAAAUACUCUCUGGCUGGCAAAUGCAGUGCCUAGCAGCAGUCAUCAAGGACGAACCAAACAUGAGUGGAGGAGGGGAGCAGGUCGACAUCCUUCCGGCCAAUUAUGUGGUCAAAGAUCGCUGGAAAGUGUUGAAGAAGAUUGGUGGCGGUGGCUUUGGGGAGAUUUACGAGGCAAUGGAUCUGCUGACCCGGGAGAAUGUGGCCUUGAAGGUGGAAUCAGCCCAGCAGCCCAAGCAGGUUCUCAAGAUGGAAGUGGCUGUCCUGAAGAAGCUGCAAGGGAAGGAUCAUGUUUGCAGAUUUAUUGGCUGUGGAAGGAAUGAAAAAUUUAAUUACGUGGUCAUGCAACUCCAGGGCCGAAAUCUUGCAGAUCUCAGAAGAAGUCAGCCUCGAGGGACUUUCACGCUGAGCACAACACUGCGAUUAGGCAAACAGAUUCUGGAGUCAAUAGAAGCCAUUCACUCCGUGGGAUUCCUGCAUCGUGACAUCAAGCCUUCCAAUUUUGCCAUGGGCCGCUUACCUUCAACGUACAGGAAAUGCUACAUGUUAGACUUCGGUCUGGCCCGUCAGUAUACCAACACCACUGGUGAAGUCAGGCCACCUCGCAACGUUGCUGGUUUUCGAGGAACAGUCCGUUAUGCUUCAGUGAACGCACACAAAAACCGAGAGAUGGGUAGACAUGAUGAUCUGUGGUCCCUCUUUUACAUGUUGGUGGAGUUUGCAGUUGGUCAGCUUCCAUGGCGAAAGAUCAAAGAUAAGGAACAAGUUGGCAUGAUAAAAGAAAAGUAUGAACACCGAAUGCUGCUAAAACACAUGCCUUCAGAGUUCCACCUGUUUCUGGAUCAUAUUGCAAGCCUGGACUACUUCACUAAGCCAGACUAUCAGCUAAUCAUGUCCGUGUUUGAGAACAGCAUGAAAGAAAGAGGCAUCACUGAAAAUGAAGCCUUUGACUGGGAGAAGGCUGGUACAGAUAUCUUAUUGUCCACUAGCACCUCUACUCCACCACAGCAAAACACCAGGCAAACCGCAGCCAUGUUUGGGGUGGUUAAUGUCACUCCAGUACCUGGGGAUUUGCUUCGUGAGAACACUGAGGAUGUCCUACAGGGUGAACAUUUGAGUGAUCAAGAGAAUGCUCCUCCCAUCCUGUCAGGCCGGCCAGCAGAAGGUCUUGGCCAGACACCAAACACCGCUUUCAAUGAGGCAGAAGUUUGGGAAGAGACAGAUGUGAAUCGCAACAAACUCAGGAUCAGCAUCAGCAAAACUCAGUGCAUGGUUGAAGAGGAGCAGAGAAAUGGUGUCUGCCCCAGCUCUCCUGUCCGAGUGCCUCCGGAGUCCCCUACUGCGCAAGCGCGCUCCCUAAGAUACCGCCGUGUGAACAGCCCCGAGUCAGAACGCCUCUCCACUGCUGAUGGCAAAGCAGAUCUACAUGAAAGAAGGUCUCGAAUGGAUUUACCUGGCUCUCCAUCACGGCUUGUGUGCUCCUCCCAGCCAGCCCAGAUGCUGUCCAUUGACACUGGCCAAGCUGACCGGCAGGCAAGUGGUAGGAUGGAUGUGUCUGCUUCAGUGGAACACGAAGCCCUUAGCAAUGCCUUCCGCUCAGUGCCACUUGCAGAGGAGGAGGACUUCGAUAGCAAGGAGUGGGUUAUCAUUGAUAAGGAGACAGAGCUGAAGGACUUUCACCCAGGUGCUGAGCCAAGCACCUCUGGAACCACGGAUGAGGAGCCCGAGGAGCUAAGACCUAUUGAAGAUGGUGAGGAGAGGAGGCGCUUGGGGGCAGAUGCUGCAGUCAGGCCGAAGACGCAUGAUGGGCGAAGUCGGGGUAUGCAGCCUGUGACUGAGGAGGACAGUUCCCACAGACAUGAAGGACCUUCUCAAACAGUGUCUGACAGUAAACACGAACAGCAGACAGGAAGUCCAGCCCACUCCCCCCUACACUCAGCACCAGCUAUCCGACAAAGGAGACGAGAAUCUGAACCUACAGGUCCUCAGAGACAGGCAUUUACACUGAAGUCAUUUGAAAUGAAUGGUCUGCCCAAGGCGGUGCCUUUAAGUUUGCCUUAUCAAGACUUCAGAAAAGAUAUGUCAGACUACUGGGAGAAGCCUAAAGUAUCCCAGCGGAUAAAGAGAGUUGAUUUCUCAAAUGUUGUCUUGACUGCUCCUUGCAAACCCCUAGAACCUUAUCUGGAAAUGAAUGGAAAAGAGGAGGAGGAAGAAGACGAGGAAGAAGACGAGGAGGAAGAAGAAGAUGAGGAGGAGGCAGAGGAGGAAGGGGAUGAGAUUGACAUGCAUAGUGGUUCCAGCAGUGACCUGAGUCAAAAAAGCACAGAGCGCAGCCAGGAGUGUGCACCAUCCACACUCCUGGCCGAUGACCAGAAGGGUUCCAAGGGUAGAGCUUCCACGGCAGAUGGGGACCUGGAACUGGAGGAGGGCUCAAAAACACUAGUGCUGUUUUCACCAGGUGAUCUGAAAAAGUCCCCGGUGACCACAGACUUGGCUCCAGAAGUUGAUCUGGGGACUCUUGCUGCACUGACACCUCAGAGCGAGCGGCCGCAGCCGAUGGGUAGCCAACUAGAUGUAUCUGAGCCAGGGACCCUGUCCUCAGUCCUUAAAUCUGAACCAAAGCCUCCCGUGGCAGUGGCUACAGCUUCUUCUCCAUUUACCAAAGUUGAGCGCACAUUUGUUCAUAUAGCUGAAAAGACCCACUUAAAUGUCAUGUCUUCCAGCGGCCAGCUGAUGAGGCACGAGGAGUACUGCCCUCCGGGCCAGUUUGAAGAGGUGAUUAUUGAAGAAGAGCUGGAAGGUAACCUGGUGCUGGUAGAGAAUGGAAGCAUCCAUUCGGGGCUAGAAGGGGCAGAGACAGAGAGCUGUGCACUUUCGGCUAAUCAUAUUGAAAUCACCUCGGAGACUGUGGGAGAACAGUUGGCCAUUCCAAACGGCGUAGCAAAGCCUACUGAGGACAAGCCAGAGUCCUUGGACAAAGUGGCACUCUCUCUGGAUUUGGAAGAGCCUGCCGAGGUGGUCACGAAGGAGCCUGACCUUCAGAAGUCAGCGUCAGUAACAGAACACCUUAAGCCAGCAGAGAUCCUCCUGGAAACACCACAGCAGGGUCCCAGGAGGCCUCUGGGCUCUAGGUAUAGAAGUCGGAUACCCAUUUUGUUCUCUGAGGAGGACACUGGCUCAGAUCUUUCAACUUCACUCUCAGCCAAAGAGAGGCUUUAUAAGAGGGCAAAGCAACCCGACUUGGCUCGUCUUGUGAUGGAGAAGAGGCAAAACCGCCUCCUUAGGCUGGCCUCAGGGGCGUCCUCCUCAGCAUCCUCCAGCGACGAGAGGCGGCGGGCCUCAGAAACCCUGUCAGCCACCGGUUCUGAGGAGGACACCCAUGACUCUGAUGACUCCAUCCCACGAAAGGCAGGGAAGGAGAAGGCUGGCCUCCUGGGGAAAGAAGAGAAACUCAUAAGCACAAAGAGCAGAAUUCCUCGGCCCAUCACGCCAGUGAAAACACCGCUAGAGGCAAUGAAGUCUGAGAGCUCCACAGCCGUGCCAAUGGCAGCGCUGUGUAGCUCCCCACAGGAUGCAGCUGUUUCCCACAGGCUUCAGGCACAGAGACCAGCUGGAAACGUCCCAAACGAUUGCCGAACAACACAGACACAAAGUCGGCUUCCUCCUUCACCAAGUUCCACUUCUCUUCCUCCACGGAGCAGCUCACGGAGGUCCAGUUGUGCAUCCCCUCGGAGCCCUGUUCUUCCUUCAAAAAACCCCAGUGCUUCCCCCAGAAGCCAGUUGCUGCCUCGGAGGGAAAGUCCUUCUCCCUGCCGGCAGCAUAAGCCAGGGACUGCUCUUCAGCGAGUUCCACCUUCCCCCCGACCUCAGCCCCAAGCUCAGGCCCCGGGGCCAACAGGAGACUCCCUGCCCUCUCCUGGUGUGGCCAAAAAACGUCAAAGAGGAAAAACCCAGACUCAGAGUCCAGCAACCAAAGGAAAGCAGGUGUCCCCGGAAAGUAAGGCAGCUGCCAGAUAAUGAUCUUCUGCCAACCCGACAGACUGGGUAACUUCUGCAUAUAGUAUACACUUGAGAUGCUGCAGCACAGCCUUCCAUGCCGGAACCACGAGUGUAUAGCAGUAGCUGUACUUCAAUGCUUCACUCACUCUCCCCCCCACACCGUCGCGAUCAGCUCCCACGGGCCUGAGAGCCUCUGAGCCACGGAGCCUUCUUCGAGGGAAACAUCCAGUCCGCAGCUCACGCUUGCUAAUGCACAGCACCAAGCAAUGACCCAGGCAGCCUGCCUAGUGCCUGACCCUCCCCUCUCCCUAGGCAUUCCCCUCUCUCUGUUAGCAAUACCAGCCGCCAAUACCAACCCUGGCUUUGGAAAGAGGAGCAGAGGUGAUGAGAGCAAGGCCUGCUGGGGAGGAAGGCUCCUGUCCUGCAAGCAGCUCCCUCCUCUCUCUUUGCUGGCAAACACCAGCCUUGGCUGCCAGCACCUGAGGGUUGGCUCACCUCCUGCCUCCCGUGUAAGCAAAGGAUUGUCACCAGCUCAGCCAAGGGUGAUGGAUGUGUCGUUGUGAGCUGAGGGGAGAGGGGUGGAGGGGGUUUUGCUCUCCCUUCCAGAGAUGCCUCUGAAGGCAGGAGGGGGAGACAGGCAGGUCUUGCUGGAUGCUCCUACCUGCUCCAGUAUAUGUCCCACAGAGGAGGCAGUCUGUUUCAGUAGAUGCCUAUGUGGCAGGUAUUUAGGUGGAAGUAGGGCUGUAUUGGCAGCUUGCUGGGAAAUCAAGAGCGCUUGCUAAUAGAUGUGGAAGAGAGCACACUGCAGCUGCUUCUGUCUCAAAUACCGAACUGUGACCUGCGGAGACCCACAUCUCCCAACACAGGUGGUUCCUCUCAACCGAAGUGUGGUUGGUGCCACAGUUCUGUAGUCCACCAGACACAGCUCCAUCCUGAAGAUGUGAAUAGUCACUGGAUGCCUUCAGCUCGGGUGCCCUCUGCACCUAAAUUCCUUGUGCUUUAUUGUUCACGCUCUUGGUAUUUGUGAAUUUUGGCACUGUGGUUGAAAGUUCCCCUACACAGCAGGGUGGGAAAUAAUUAUCCUGUAGUAUAUUCAAAAGCUGCUGCUUUGCAAGGAGAGGUUUGCUGGUACACCGUGGGUAUCUUGUGCAUUUCUAAUCGGGAGAUCGGGUUUAUGUCUUUCUCUUUUUCGGUGCUCAGCUCUUCCACAUGUUGCGUGAGAACUAACAAUGUGAAUACAAAAGCAAGGGCUGUGCUCUUCAAAUAAUGUUAUCAGAGCAGAAGCUUAGCUCUCACUUAGAAUUAUGCACCAACUUUUUAGCACCCCCAAUUAAUUAGGAAGGUUUGAAAAUUCAAGCCAGGAGGAUUGAUACCUGUCUGAGCCUGAUGAGAUCUUGAAGUAAUCACAAAAUUUUCCCCUCACCACACAGGGGGAAACACUCCAGACCCAAAUACUUUGGGCUUCACUCCAUUGUCAUGCCUAAAAGUGGUUUUGCAUGAGGCAGAACAAAAAUGUGGAUGUUCUGCCCACCCAUUCCUGCAGCUGCAACUAGCAGCGUCAGUAAAUAUUUGCAGACAAAAAAGCUUGAUGGAGGAAUCUGGAUGGUAAUUACCUUGAUUCAUUGAAAACAUAUACAAACAGCCACAUUCAUGGCCAUCAAGUCCAAGGAAUCCUGAAGUUGUUCACAUCUACAGGAACUGCUCUGGAAAGCAUGGAGCAUGAGAGCUGUGAUGGGGUGGCUGGGAGAACAGGGCACUCCUUGAACAUCUGAAAAGGGAAAUGCCUAGAAAUAGGUGAUGGGAAUUACCUC